CUGUGGUUGGCGCGGGUCUCAUGGGAGCGGGUAUCGCUCAGGUGUCGGCCGCGAAGGGUGUGCGCGUGCUGCUGAAGGAUCGCGACGCCGCAGCUGCCGCCAAGGGCGAAGACUACGUGCGCAACAACUUGGACCAGAAGGUGAAGCGCAAGCGCAUGACGAUCUACGACCGCGACGCCGUCAUGGCCAACGUGGUGCCUCUGUCUGAUGAGGACGAGGUGUGGAAGACGCACAUCAAGAAGGCGGAUCUCGCCAUCGAGGCCGUCUUCGAGGACCUGGCGCUCAAGCACAAGGUGCUGUCGGACCUGGAGAACUACGUGUCGAAGGACUGUGUGAUCGCCACAAACACGUCGGCUCUGCCCAUUGCGGACAUCGCGUCGGCGUGCAAGCGUCCCGAGAACGUCAUUGGCAUGCACUACUUCUCGCCUGUGCCGAGCAUGCCGCUGCUGGAGAUCAUUCGCCAUGCCGGCACGAGCGACGCCACCGCUGCGAAGGCCGUGGACCUGGGACUUCGUCAGGGCAAGACGGCUAUCGUGGUGAAGGAUGUUCCCGGAUUCUACGUGAACCGUUGCCUCGGACCCUACAUUGCUGAGACGCUGGCGCUGGUCGGAGACGGCGUUGAGCCUGAGAAGCUCGACAAGCUCAUGACCAAGUGGGGUUUGCCUGUGGGUCCCAUCACUCUGGCUGACGAGGUGGGUCUGGACGUGGCCUACCAUGUGAACCAGACGCUGUCGAAGGCUCUGGGCGUGCGCAUGGAGGGCGGCGACGCGAAGCUGUUCGAAGAGAUGAUCGGCCAGGGCUUUCUGGGCAAGAAGUCGGGCAAGGGCUUCUUCGUGCAGCCUCCGAAGGGCAAGAAGGGCAAGAAGACCAUCAACGCUGACGCCAUGAACCUGGUCAAGAAGUUCCAGAAGACCGAUCUCAAGCUCAGCGACGAGGACACGGUCAACCGCCUCAUCUCGCGCUUCGUGAACGAGGCCGUCCUCUGCGUGCAGGACGACAUCAUCGAGUCGCCGACGGAGGGCGACAUCGGAGCCGUGUUCGGCAUCGGCUUCCCGCCUUUCAUCGGCGGCCCGUUCCGCUACGUGGACAAGGUGGGCAGCACCAAGUUCACGGAGAUGAUGCAGCGCUACGCGGACCAGUACGGCGAGCAGUUCGCGCCCGCACCGCUGCUGCAAGACAUGGCCAAGACCAACAAGAAGUUCCACUCGAAGUAGGAUUGACUUGGAUUAUAUAGGCUGCGGCGUUGAUAAUAAUCUCGAAAGCAGAGCAGAAGCAAAUGCGUUGAAUGCAGAAUGACAUGCACAUUCCAUUU